GCUUCAUUAAUAGAAUCUCAAAGCAUUCAACGAUUCUUCUGUAUUUAGAAGGUAUUUCCACCGAAAUGAAUAUUCGCGCCAGUGCCUACCAUCGUCCCUUGAACCUCGCUAUUUAUUACUACGCCGUCGUGGGCAUUUUACCAGCACAAUCCAAUUGCCAGAGUACUCCUGAAGACAUUGAAGCUGCGAACGAUGCUGGCGCAUCAGGGUCCUCCCCUGGGGACGUUGGAAUUUCCACAACGGGCAUCAUAAUAUUGGGCACAGUAGCCGGAAUUGUUGUGGUCAUCGGGAUCAUCUCGACAGUCCUGUUCUAUAUUGCAAAAAGACAACAAUGGGCCAUCCGUGAGAAAAUGCGCCGCUCCGCCAAACGCGUAUCUCAGGCCGUCAUGACACCCUUGACGCCAAGAUUUCCCCAAUCCCAGAAGCCAUCAGAUACAAUACAUUUGCAAAGCAUCAGAUAUUCCACCAGGGAGACACCGGGACGGACUAUACCCAAGCGUGGAAGGCUGUUCGAUCUGGAGAAAGGGUCCAUUACAAAGCUUUCAAGGCUCAGUAUUGUCCAGGAGGACUUAUCUGACAACACAUCCAUGCAGCAGUCGAAUAAACGAACGUGGGGGUCGUUCAUGUCAUUUGGGCGGAUUUAGAUUCAAAUUUGUAGGGUUUUGACGUGGUCUGCUCUAUCGAAGGUGUAUUUUCGGAUUACUUUACUGAAAAUUCCGAAUUGGAGGCGCUUUAUUACCUUGUGUAUUGUUAAUGCGUAUCUCUUCCGCCGUGUUGACUUCAUGGUAUGCUGAAUUCCCAUGGGUUUCAUCUAGGGCUUAGUUAGGGUUCGAUGCUUAGUCAUGUCCUUUCUUGCCCUAACUAGUUAACCAACGGCCUCUCUUGUUUCCACAGCAUCUUCAGGUCUAGACCAGUUUGUGAUAGAGCCUUCGGAAACUAGUCUUGCAACCUGAGGGUCCUGGUGGUCCCUUUGCAACCAACGUUACUGGUCAGGAAUGCAUAAUAAGUUUAAGCAAACAUUGGCAUAUGUGGGGAUGACAUUCCCAGACGUUCAGGACAGACGAAUUAGUCUUCCUACCGGUUUUCAGGCUAAGGUCGAAAUCAUGGAAUUCGGAACAAGUAUCCACCAAUCGCGCUGUCUAUAGGACUUUGGUAAGGCUCAGAAACG